AUGGAAAAAUUAUUAGAGACGCGCCAAAAACUGACCGAUGCUACUGCCGAAAAUAAAGUAGCCGCGAAUCUGGAGAAAUUGCGAGAGGCACGCCAAAAACUUGAAGAUGACAUCGUGGAAAAAUUGGAAGAGGCGCAUCAAAGACUUCACGAUGAGAUACGCCAAAGAUUGCAAGUUAAAACCGAGGAAAAUAAAGAAAAACUGAACGUAGGAAAAUUGCAAGAAGCGCUUCAAAAACUUCGCGAUGAUAUCUUGGAAAAUAAAGUGGCACCGAUCUUGGAAAAAUUACGUGAGACGCGUCAAAAACUACAUGAUGCAAUCUUCGGAAAUAAAGAAGUUGAUACCUCUGAUGGCUCCGAUGCACAACCUGACUCUGGUGUAUCUACCGACGAUGGACAAGUCGAACCUGAUGUCCCUACCGACGUCGAUCCUGAAGCGCCUGCUAAUGACAACAACGCCGAUGAUGAAUCACCAGCACCAGAAGAAUCUGAACCCGAAUCUCCGGCAGAUUCGAACGAACAACCGGAACCUGAUGCCGCUGCUGACGAUACACCUAAAGCACCUGCGGACGACGAAGAAUCACCAGCACCUGACGAAUCUGAACCCGAAUCCCCAGUAGAUUCUAUCGAGUCUGACGGUACUGAUGCAGCCGAUGCCUCCGAGGAUUCCGACGCCUCUAACGAUGAACAACCUGACUCUGAUGCAUCUACUGACGACGGGCAACUGGAACCUGAAGUACCCGCUGAUGACAAUACCGCCGACGAAGAAUCACCAGCACCAGGCGAAUCUGAACCUGAAUCUCCAGUAGAUUCUGACAAUUCAGACGCCUCCGAUGACGAUGCACAACCGGAGCCUGACGUUCCUACUGACGACGAGCCUGAAGCACCUGCCGAUGACAAUAGCGUUAACGAAGAAUCACCAGCACCAGGCGAAUCUGUGCCCGAAUCUCCAGCAGAUUCUAAAGAUACUGAUGCCUCCGAUGCCUCUGACGACCCACAAGCUGAUUCUGAUGCACCUAUUGACAAUUCACAACAAGUGCCUGAUGCCCCUGUUAACGACGAGCCAGAAAACGAAGCAUCGCCAGUACCAAGUGAAUCUGAACCUUCCGAUGAACAAUCCGACUCCGAUGUAUCCACUGACGAUGGAGAACCGGACGCUGAUGGCCCUGCUGAAGAAACACCUAAAGUUUCUGACUCACCUGCCGAUGGCAACGACGCUCAGGAAGCAUCACCAGCACCAGGCGAAUCUGAACCUGAAUCCCCAGCUGGUGAAGCUGGUCCAUCUGAAGAAACUGGAAAUAAACCUGAUAAACCAGCUCAUCGUGGACCUCGCCGCGGAGGACGCCGUUGGGGUAGACGAGCAAGUCGUCGUUGGGGUAGACGAGGAGGCCGCCGUUGGAGCCCGCGAUUAAUUCGUUCUUGGCAUUCACGUUCAGGGCGCAGUCACAAAUCAGUGAAACCAAGCAUCAAGAAUCUAGCCUUGAAAGUUCUUAAAGCAAGGCAAGCAACAUUGGAUCGUGCCAUAAAUAAGCUUGAACGUCAAAAUUAA